AUGUGCGGGCCGCCGCGGCGUCUGUUACGCCUGCUGGAAGCGAAGAUUCGGCUCAAGUCGGAGAUGCGCUCGAUUGCUGUUGCCGUCGGCGACCUGGCGUACGACGACGAUGCCCGGGACCUGAGGAUGCCCCGCGAGACGGAUUCGAUCUGCAGGGAUAUCCUUGGUCUAGCAGGCAUGCAACCCAUCCCCCGAGGGUAA